UUUAAUUGAAUGUUCAGUGCUUGUUGCAGUUUUGGCAAAAAAGUUAUAGCGAUGAAUUUCGGGGAUUGAAAGAAAAAAGCUCCCCUUGAGCAAUCGAUAGGAUGGCCUCGUUAUGAUUAUUCAUAAUUGUCUCUUGCAAUUGGUACCAAAGGGUGGUGAAAGAUAACUUUCAAUUAAAGGAACAUGAAUCAACCGUAUUGAUUGUGAAAACAUAUGCAAGACGAAUAUUAUGGACCGAAUGGUGAAUGCAAGUGGCUCUACCAAUAAAGUUAACGUGGGCAAAUAAUGGCCUAGUGCAAUAAAGUGUCACUUAAACCUUGUCGUUUCUGGUUUCUUCAUCUAAACAGCGCAAAUUAUCGGUUAUUAAACAUAAUUGGAUUGAUCAUAGGGCUCGGCUUCGGUAUAAUGAGCUAGGCUCGCUUCCGAUCAUUUAUCAGUGUCACUCGUUGAGCUCGCAGGAUUAUGUGCAAAGUAUUUUUCAAUGCAAAAUAGCAUCCAACUGACACGUUUACCUUCGCACGUCGAGCGAUGCUAAAAAUAUCAAACCGUAAGGAGAAACGCAGUGGUGAAAACAUAGGCGCCUCGUUGGAAUCAUAAACUGUGUAGAAUAAGGCAAUGAAAAGGAACAGGCUGAACAGUAUAUUAGUUUAAUAAAACAACGAGGUCAUGAAAAUACUCCGCCUAUAUCGGGUAAGACUCGAACGGCUCUGAAGAAUGCCGCGUUUCCGUAGUUUUUCGGUUGACCUCACGCAAACAAAAAGUGGUUAGUCACGAGGGGAAAGGAAUACAUGUGCCACACGAGGGAUGUUUACAGCCGAAGGGUGCCGCGUAGUUAUUGAGCGGCGGUUGAGUGAUGUUCGUCAAAAUUAUUGCAGCAUACAGUGAAAGUUGAGGGUGGAAAGGUACUCAUUGGUAGCAGAACGUUUUCCGAAGCUAGCGCCCCUCUCCCCAAAUACGGGCAACACAUGACAACAGGAGGGAUGAAUAUUAAUGCGACCCCGCGAUGUUGCAUAUUGAACUUUUGGUUUGGCCCAAGCAAAAGGACACCAUAAGGAGGUUAGCGCCAGGAUGAAACGAGAUGUUAUUGCCAGUUGACACGAAACUGGAACUACUUUGGAUGUCUCGACCGGUGGAAGUGUGUUUCGAUGGGAAAACUUUUCUAAAAUGAAUAAAAACUUUUGAGUGAGUGACGUGAAAGACAAGAAAGUAUGCGUUCAGUGUGGUCGAAAAUGUAGAACUCGCUGGCGGUGCAGAUAUAGUAUACGCGAGUGUAAAUAGGGAGCGCUUUGAUUGCAGCGAGACGAGGCACGCAACCAUGAAUCGAUAUCUUACAUUGAGUCAGCUGGGUGAUGGUACCUACGGUACGGUUGUCCUUGGUCAACGCAAAGACACUGGCGAGAAGGUAGCCAUCAAGCGGAUGAAGCGGAAGUACUACUCCUGGGAGGAAGCAAUGAAUCUCCGGGAGGUGAAGUCCCUGAAGAAACUCUCCCAUGCCAAUGUGGUCAAGCUAAAGGAGGUAAUUCGCGAAAACGACGUCCUGUACUUCGUGUUCGAGUACAUGCAGGAAAACCUGUACCAGCUGAUCAAGGACCGCGAAAGUCACUUCCCGGAGGCAACGAUAAGACUGAUACUGCAGCAAAUUCUAACCGGUCUUGCGUUCAUGCACCGACAUGGUUUCUUCCACCGGGACCUGAAGCCGGAGAACGUGCUGUGCUGUGGGCCAGAGCUGGUGAAGAUUGCCGACUUUGGGCUGGCACGAGAGAUUCGUUCACGUCCACCGUACACCGAUUACGUGUCAACGCGAUGGUAUCGCGCACCGGAAGUGCUGCUCCAUUCCACCCGGUAUGGAAGUGCAAUCGAUCUUUGGGCGGUGGGCUGUAUAAUGUCAGAACUGUACACCUUUCGCCCACUUUUCCCCGGCUCUAGCGAAGUUGACCAGCUGUUCAAAAUAUGCUCUGUGCUUGGAACUCCGGAAAAGAUUGACUGGCCCGAAGGACACAAACUCGCCACGACUAUCCAGUUCCGUUUCCCGGAGUGUCCGAAAAUACCGCUGGAAUCGCUGGUGAUUCGGGCUACUUCGUCGGCAGUUCAGCUGCUGGAAGACUAUUUGCAGUGGGAUCCCGAAAAGCGACCAACCGCCCAGCAGUCGCUUAAAUAUCCUUAUUUCAGUGCAAUGAAGCAACGGACGUCAGCAAAUGUAACCAAUGGUAACGUUCAGUUGCCGCAGGUUCAACAGAGUAACAAUGCAGUUCCCAGUGCCAGGAUAUCGAUUGUGGAUGUGGCUCAGCUGGAUAAUAGUGGGAUCACUAGUAGAUUUAGUGUGAACCCUGACAACGGCAAUAAUGUUUCUUUGAGUAAUAGCAAUGGAAGUGUUUAUAAAACAAUAAGUAAUAGUGAUCUGAAUGAACUUAAUUCGAUGCUGAGCAUGUCCAGACUUUCCCACAAUCCCCCCAUCGAGAAGCGCUCCUCACUAGACAACGGUAAACUGAAUGACAGUGCAAAAACUAAUGGUAAAUACAAGAGUGGAAUCAACUAUAGUGUUCUCAACGAAAUGCUAAACAACUAUAACCUUGGAUUAAAUGGUGGUGUUAAUAAUGGUACUCAUCCAAACCGUUUGAUUCGGAAUAACAGCAUUACGAAAUCGAAUGCUGAUCAAAGCGAGAGUGGAGUGAAUGAUAAUGGCAGUUCGGUUGUUGGCUACUCAAUUAUUAAACCUGCGGUUGUCAAAAUAGACGACAAACCGACGGAAGUGUAUGUUGGCCGGAAGGAGAAAGUGAACGAUAUCUUUGUGGCACGAAAUAUAGACAGUGUAACGGAUGCUAGCACAAACCGGGCAGUGGAUAGUGACGAUUCGGCGUACUUCAAUAACGGUUUUUUUCUGCACAAACAAAAUGGGAAUUCGAAGACUGAUUUUGGGAAAAGUGUCUUUAAUGAUAGUUACUUGAAUGAUUCCAAGGUGUACAAUGCAUUCUCGAAGCAGCCGGUGUUAAUGUCCAGAAAAACGGAUGAGGAUAUUAAAGUGAAGAAAACAAAAAAUCCUCCUCUCAUGCGAGGAUUACAUGGACAUUUCAGCAGAAGCUGGGAGCCCAUUAAGGCUAACAGCAUCGAGGACGAGCUGGAAGAAAUAUUGGGAGGCAAAAUUAACUCGACCAAAAAAUCUAACACCGAGUUCAAAUUGGAAGAUUUAUUUGGGACCGUAUCGUUUGCGAAAGAUAACAGCACAUCGAAGUAUCCGAAUACGGUUCCAUUCGCUAAAGGUACGAUGAAGAAUGGUGGUGGUGGUGGGAUGACGGAUAUUUUCGACAACUCGGAUAUGAAACCCUCGCACUCCAGUGCGAACAUUAUACCAAGGAGAAAAAAUCAGCAAGUGUUCGUUUCUAACAGCAGCUUGGCACCAAACGGAGAGUUUGGUGGAGUGAACGCGUCCUUCAAAUUGUUUCCAUGGGAAGACACCCCGCGAAAUGCACCAGAAAAGAAGCAGUGGGUUCCUGAGAGCGGUGUACUAACUUACGUGGGCCCCGGAGGCGAUGGCAAAGGACGACCGGAUUGGGCUGCAAAGUACCUGAACAAAUGAACUGGUCGGUGCUGAUGAUGUGUACAGUAAAUCUAAAUAAGAAUACCCAAUUCACACUGAUGUAGCUAUAGGUAACUAAAUGACUAGCUACGAGAAGAAAACCUAAAACAAUCUGUGAUAGAUCAGUGCAUCCGUUCGAUUUGCAGUUAUAUUUAUUUGUGUUUAUUUUUUAUUUUUAACACACAUUUGAGCAGUUAGAUCUUAUUCUCGAUGUAUGCCUGAUUGAUUUAAAAUAUAGAAUAGAAUAGUUAAAAUAUGGAACAGAAAUAAACCAAGGUUUUCGA